AUGAAAGGAGAAUGGUUGGCUAGUCUUAAUAAAUUAGCAAAAAAUGAAGAAAUCGAAGAGUACAAAAUCAACAUAGAGGAAGAGACGAGAACCACCUCAACUGAUCUGAUAAUAGAUACAAAAGACGAAGACGUAUUUAAUCAAUCGCCAUCGAAAAGAGUCAAGAAUAAUGAUUCCGAAAAACAACAAACUCCAAAACGAUAA